AGCAUCCCAUCACCAUAUACAGAUUCAAAAUCUUAUACUUCUGGCGUAUAUCUGGAACGCUUUGAUGGUGGGUUCAUUUAUUUUAGGGUCUCUGAAAAACCAACGAAUCAAACUUUCCAAAGCAUGGAUAAUUUAGCCCUUUAUAAUGAAUACGAUUCCCCGAGAGUCAUUAUUAGUUGUUAUCCGAUGGGAGAAAAAGUCCAUCUUGCUCGUUCAAGUUCUGCACCUUCAUAUUAUGUUGUAGAAUCUGAUUACUUCAAAGUUCGUACCAUUGACGUGUGCAGAGAACUUGACUACUUUUAUGAUUGGUUACACCCGAUGCGCCAAAAUUCAUUGAGUGAGAAUACUGCUGAGAUACCCCCGACAAUAGCUGAGAAUACAAUUGGUGUGAAUGAAAAGGGUGGGAGUAUUCAAGAAGAUGCUGAUACUAACGCUAAAGAAGUUAAUUCUGGAGAUGAAAAUGAAAGAAUCCAGAAAAGUGCCGACAAAAACGAAGAGAAUUUGGAAGUUUAUAAAGAUGCUGAAGCAUAUGAGAGUGAAGCAGAAACCAUCGUUGGUAGUGAUGUUGAAGA